AUGCAGCGAGAGACAGAAGUAAUCCGCAUGCCACCGACAGAGGUCCAAGUACAGCCUGUCGUUGACAAUGGGGAUCUAGAGAGGAUUGCCGACAUCGAGGCCAAAGCAUACGGAGCGUCCUCAGCCAUGAUACAACUCAUGUUCCCCAAAUCCUCCGCUCAAUCACCAGAGACUGUUCGGAGCUCGAAGAUCUCUAGACACAAUCGAGUCUGGCAGUCAGAUUCAUCGGUACAUUACAUCAAAGCGGUUACAUACGAAACAUCCCCUGACGGUGCAAUGUCGGAACGCAUCAUCGGCGCAGCCGUAUACCACAUCUAUGAAUCCUCUCACACAAUUGAUGAGCGAUGUCCAUGGCCAAGCAGGCCAGAGCAAGUUCCCGAAGGCGCGAAUGUGCCUCUUUGUCUCCAUUACUUUCAAACAUUGACUCAAGCUCGACUGGACUUCACGAAGGGCGCACCACAUGCGUUUCUCGCCAAUUUGGUUGUUGAUCCAAGUUUCCAGAGACGUGGAGUCGGGACAAAGCUUCUUGACUUUAUGAUUGCCGAAAUUGCCGGAUCUACGGAUCAAGCUGCUAUGGCAUGUUGGCUAGACGCUUCCCCUGCCGGGCUGAAGACGUAUCAACGCCUUGGUUGGGAGGAAGUUGGCGCGACGAACUUUGAAAUGGAGCAGUGGGGUGGUGCAAAGGGAAAAUCACAUAAAAAUGUACAUAUGAUGAAGUGGAUAUCUGUUUCUACAAGCUAA